AAAAAAAGCCCCCGAAAUUUGUCUGACCAGAUUCGGUUGCACAAUAAUACAAACGAAGCUUAAACAUGGCUAAAAUGAAACUCUCUCCCUUCGACCUCAAGGAAUUGGACGAGGAAAUGGCGGCUAGAAGUGUUAUAGUAAAGGAUUUUCCUGUGCAAGUUACCGACAAAGAUUUGUGCAUACACUUUCAGAAGUCUUCAAAUGGCGGGGACGAUGUGGAUGAAGUUCGCUUGGUCCCUGAGCACAACCCUACGACCGCUAUUGUUACAUUUGACGACCCAAAUACGGUAGAAAGUGUCUUAGCUAAAGAACAGAUUUUUAAAGGAGUAUUAAUGACUGUACAGCGAUGUUCAGUGGCUCAUCAAACUACAGAGGUUUUCUCUUCCAUCAAGGCCACAUUGAAUAUAGAGUACUUUGAUGUCUCCACUCAAGACCUACACGAGCUUCUUGCUUGUCUGCGCAGUGAUGCCCCAGGCGUAAGAUGGACGAUAGAUAGCGACAACAGAGUCGUCCUAAAAGGUGUCUUUGCCGAUAUCGUCCAAGCACAGACAUUCCUCAGCGAUUAUGUAAAUUGCAAAGGGCUUGCUCCUGUGCCACACUCUCGAGGAUCCCUGACAAACGGGACCGCCCCACAGAAUGAAGCUGCCGUUGAACAACAGACUGGGUCAUCAGGCAGGAACACACGCGGGAAAUCUGCUGAUACGUCCCAGCCGUCGCCUACAAGUCUACACCAUGUAAAGGAUAAAGAUGAAGAUCAACGUCGACUGUUAUCCCAUGAGGGGAGGGGGCGGGGGCGCGCAAAAUCUCCCAAGGGAUCCCAAGCUGGCAAAACCCAACGUCAAGACUCCGUAGGAGUGAUUGGACGGGGACGUUCUAAGUCGCAAGACAGUCGACUGCAAGCCAGCGCAGGUGGACAUCCCGAGAGUCAUCGCGAGGGGAUAGGAUCAGGCGGAGGACAAAACGCUUGUGUUUUACAUCGGCAGAAUUCGAACGGUACAGAUAGUAGAGACGAUCAUUUUGAAGAUUGCAGAGACGACAGCCCACCCGAGACGAGCACUUCGACGACCCGUUAUCACAAUGCACAGGACGAAAGGCGCGAGGGGAACGAAGACGCCACAAAGCCUUUUCAGCGGGCGAAAUUGCAGCCGGAAAAGUAUAGUGGAAGUGCUAUUGCUUUUGAGUUCAUCACUCGAGUUCAACAGUACAAAGACACCCUAGAUGGGCUGAAGAGACAAUACAGUGUUAAUAUUACCUCAAUCCCAGUCGCGGGCGGAGUUGAGAUGGCAGUAGUCCCUGGUGUUUCUUGUACAGAGGAUAGAUUUAGUCAAGCAUGCGAAGAAUUCAUUAGGCUUUUCCAAAGGGCAGCCAAUUUUACAAGACAUGAGCUCGAUGCUGGGGAUCAAGGUUUAGUGCAGUACUGUUGCCAAGAAGUAAUGAUGAAGUUCCCGGUAUUGUCGAUGCCUGGUUCGCGACCCGAAAAAAUCGUUCUUUAUGGCGAAGAUGGAGCUGUGGCGGAUGCAAAGGCGAUGAUCGAGAAGAUGGCCCAGAUAAAUACGAGCAGCUCCACGGUAGUGUCUCUGUCGUCAUCAUCUGGAGCUAGUUCUGCGUCCUUCGGACAAUACCAGGCACCACAAUCCUUUUCUGAUGUGGUGCGAAGCGGGGAUCACAAUAAGCAAGCAAGAAAGGGGAGCUCAUUCACAGGGAGACAUACCGAUGAAAAGGACUCAUUCCAGAUCCCAGAAAACGUCCGCACCAAGACGGGAAAGGCUGACAUUGGGUCUCAAAACGCAGAGUUUGAUCAAACAACGUUGCCAUCUCAGAAAUUGGGUAGCGAGGAUAAAACCACCUUUAAAACCAAAAAGGGAUUCACAAUCUCUGUCUAUAAAGGUGACAUCACGGAGGAGACAGUGGACGCUAUCGUGAGCCCUAUUGGGGAAGCUCUAGUAUGUACAUCCAAAGGAUUGUCUGGAGUUGUUGCGACAAAAGGUGGCAGACAGGUUGAGGAUCAGCUUUUUCAAUACUCCAGGAAAAAGUGGUUUAAACCAUCAGGGGGCGAAGUCGUGCCCACUGACAGUGGUAAUAUGAAAUGCAAAAAGAUAUUCCAUGCUAUUGUCACGAGUGAAACCAGCAACGAAAAGAAAAAGAAGCUGUUGUCAAAAAUCGCCUCACGCUGUUUACAUGAAGCUCAAAAAGCCUCCUGCAACUCCCUCGCAUUUCCCGCCAUCGGCACUGUCAUUCAUAAUAUUCCUCUAGACCUCUGCGCUUGUGGGAUGAUCAGCGGACUGGAGGAGUACAUGAAAAGAGGCAAACUUCAGGACGUCCGGUUUGUUGACCUGAAUCCAGACGCCGUCGAUGCCUUUAAGGAAGAGUUAAAAAAACGCUACGCUAGUUCAAUGGUAGUAUCUCCUGCACAGCCAUCCUUGUCUGGUGUUGAUCCUGCACCCCUGGGACCACACCCUGAUUAUGCACCCCCAGAUGAAUCAGCAGCUGGUCGACUUAGUGAAGGGUACUCCGGUAGACCUCGAGACCUGGGUCCUAAUGGAGGAAGUGCUGCCCCACUCACAUCUUCAUUGGGUGACAGCACUCUUGACGUAGAUAUGACAGAAGACGGUGCGGGUGAUUCUGCCGAGUGCCCGAUCUGCCUGGAAACCAUCACUUAUCCGGAAACACUUCAGGGAUGCGGGCACACUUUCUGCAGGCCGUGCAUCACUGAGGCGUCCAAGUCAAGCAAACUCUGCCCAACCUGCCGUGACCCCUUUGGUGUACAACAGGGAAAUAUGCCAUGGGGAACAAUGAACUGGAAAAUAGACCAUUACAAACAUCUACCCGGUUAUGAAAGAUGGGGCACCAUUGUUAUUUUUUACUAUUUUCCUGGUGGGACCCAGGACCAAGGGCACCCUCAUCCCGGACGCUUUUACACUGGCACAAGCCGGACGGCCUACUUACCAGACAAUGCAGAGGGUCGCGAGGUAUUGGGGCUUUUGGAAAAAGCUUUCGCUGCGCGUCUGACGUUCACUAUUGGUACUUCUGUGACUACAGGGCUGACCGAUACUGUAACAUGGAACGACAUCCAUCAUAAGACGAACGUUCAUGGCGGUCCCACAGCGUUUGGAUACCCCGACCCCGGGUACCUCAACCGCGUCAAACAGGAACUUGCUGCAAGGGGCAUCCGCUGACCAGCAACACGAUGCCCCGCCCAGUCUGCGUGAACUGUAGAGAACUGUAUCAAGCAACUACGCCAUAGGAACUUGCCAAUCAAAAUGCAGGAGGAAGGCCAAUCAAGUGUCCCAUGGAGCACUGCGAUACCAAUAGUAAAACGUAGCCACUUAAAAUAAGCACCGAACCUCAAUCAAGUGGGAACUUAUGGCCCUAGUAGGUGGCUACACUCGAAUGCUAAAAUAUUGUUACCACUGUAUGUGAGGGAAAUUUUAAAUUGUAGAUGUGGACAAGAGUCCGCUGAACAAUUGCUUAGGUAAACUUUACAACCCUAGUGGUAGGAAUGACGUCAAGCACUUAGUCUGACGUCAUAGCACUUAGUUUGACGUCAUAGCACUUUCUAUUACGUCAAAGCACUUUGUAUUACGUCAAAGCACUUAGUAUCGUAUCUAUGACGUCAUAGCACUAAAAGUCGUAUGUGUAGUAGACAUGUGUAGGUUUUCGCUUUCCCAAGCACCCGAAGGCCCGAGCACCCGAAGGCCCGACGAUGCUGUGCUUACCUCUCGGACUUUUUACAGAAAGCCGGGCGUGGGUGGUCUCGGGCACCAUGGGUUGUGCUCAGGUUUUCAAGGAAGGAUAUGUAAAAGCUGGGUACAUGGGCACGGUACGAAUUAUAUUUAAAGGGUAAUCAAGCUAAUCCCAGGUGUUUCUACCGGGUUUCUGAUCGGGUACCCUGUGGUAAGUAAGAUUUGUGACGUCACAGAAAACCAUCUCCCCGUUCUGCGGUUGAGUGUCCCAGACCCCACGCUGCCUCACGGUUCAUCUCAGAGCACAGCAAACCCGGUAAGAAUGUCUAUAAUGUCGCAUAAUUAUUAGUAGAAAGAAAUUAAAAAAGAUGUAUUGGUAGGAAAACUGAAUAUAAGGACACUCGUCUGA